AUGGAAUCACUCUUGACCUUAGAGGUCUUUGUACUCAGUUGUGAAUUAGGCGAUCUCGCUGUCAAUCGCAACACUUGCUCCCCUUGCGAGCGAGCGGGUCUGCUUUGCAGCCAAAGUCGUCAGCCAGACCUCCGCAUCAAAUUGGUGGAUAUACCAUCGUCCAAGCGCAAACGCCGCAAGUCUGCUCCUGGGCGGACCAGCGCGAGACCUAAAGUGGUUCAACAAGCCACUCGAUCGGAACUGGUGGACGCCGGUGAGGACGACCCUGGCAACAGAAGCUCCGCAAUCCCACCGACUCGGUGUCCUCAAAAGCGUUCUUUAAAGCGACCGCUUGCAUCGCAGAAUCAAGGAUCAGCAGUUCCGUCCGACCAUGACCCUGGCCCGUCGGUCUCAGCACCUGCGUCGACCGCCUCGCCGCAGUUCUGGCCACUUUCCAGGGAAGAGGCCCGGCUGGUGAAGUAUUUCUUCACCAAUUUAGUGUCGUGGUUCGACUAUUGCAUUCCUGACAGGCACUUCCAAACCGUUGUGGGGGCCACCGUUACCAAAGACCCGUCCAUCCUAUUUGCCGUUUUGGCAAUAUCUGCCCGACAUCGGGAGUUGACGAUGGGUAUCAGCUCCUGCAAUUCGCAUGAAUAUGAGGGGCGAUGUCUUGAAGUCCUGAUCCCGAGUCUCAACGAUACGUCCAAGGCUUUGGACGAUAGCGUGCUGGCCUCCGCCAUGCUCUUAAGACUACUCGAAGAAAUGUCCGAGCCAACCGAAGCACAGGUCUUCACAUCGCAUGCGGUUUCCACCCCGAUUUUGCUUCAGAUCAAAGGUGGUAACGUCCGACCAUCGGGGUUCAGUGAUGCAGCCAUGAUUGUGGCUUUGCGGCAAGAAAUCGUUAUUGGCAACAUGGUGAAACGAGCCGUUGAACCCAGCCUUGCCUCCUGCAAUGCGAAUUGGUCCCUGGCGCCCGCUGACGAUGCUACGUGGACAUAUCGCAUGAUUGCACAUGCAGCACGCGUCACCACCUUUGCCUACGGUGACGGACCCAAAGACAAGUUGGAGUGGGAUCGACUGUGGCAGUAUGUACUGGACUGGGAACAGCGCAAGCCCGACUCAUUUCAGCCGAUACACUAUUCACAUCGAACCCAAUUGUGGACCUUUCGCCUUCGCCCGGAGAACCCGGGAGAUGCACCAUCUGCCAGCGCGAACAGGGACAGUUUACUCCCGGUGAUCUACUACACCUACGACUGCCCGAUUGCAGGCCAGCAAUAUCUCCAAUUGUCUCGCAUCUUAUUACUGGCGCAUGACCCCCGCCUGCCCAGCUUAGGCAUGGGGCGCGCUCAGUAUCUGCAGAAGCAAGAGGAGGAGAUGCGUAAUGCGGUUCGCGUCAUAUGUGGGAUAGCCAUGUCGAAUCCGGAAUAUAUGCCCGCCAAGCUGACCGCGGGUCUGGCAAUCGCAUUGGGUGGUGAGCUGUUCGACGAUCCCGAAGAGACUCGAGAGCUGAUGCAUCUGGUUGCUGAGGCCGAGCUGCAUGUGGGGUGGCCAUGCUUGAAAGUGAGCCAUCGCCUCCGAGCUUUCUGGGGUCUCGAAGGCAAUCUUGAAUGA